AUGGUGAGAAUGAAGAGAAGCAGAAACUUCAAGUUAGAGAGGAAGAAAAACAAGACUUGUGAAGAGAAGUAUGUGUGGCCAUGGGUUGGUGUUGUAGCAAACAUACCAAGAAAGUUUGUAAGAAAUGGUUGGAGAGUAGGCAAAAGCGGUUCUAUGUUACGUGAUGAGCUAACACUUAAAGGGUUUAAUCCAAAAAAAGUCGAACCUCUUUGGAAUUGUAAGGGUCAUUCUGGUUAUGCUUUGGUCAAAUUUCACAAAGAUUUUGAAGGAUUUGAAAAUGCCAUGAAAUUCGAGAGGAGUUUUGGAUUAGAUGGUCAUGGAAAAAGAGAUUAUGAGAAAGGUAUACAUUUAAGAGAUGAAAAGCUUUAUGGAUGGGUUGCAAGAGAAACAGAUUACAAUGGAGAAGAUGUUGUUGGGAAGCAUGUUCAGAAGUAUGGAGAUUUGAAAACUAUGUCGGAGAUCGAAGAGGAAGAGAAGAGGAAAAUGAAACAGCUUGUGGAAAACAUGUCUCAGUCGAUUGAGAUGAAGAAGAUAAAGAAGCAAGAGCUUGAAGAGAAAGUUGAUCUGACUUCUCUUUUGAUUGAGAGUGUGAAACAGCAUAACAUUGACUUGACCAGAACUCACAAAGAAGAGAUUGAGAAGAUGCACAAGAACAUGCAAGACCUUUACAAGCAGAUUAUGUUAGGACAUGAAACAUCUAUGUCGGAACUGGAAACACAGAGGGAAAAGCUAGAGGAGCGUGCAAGACGGAUCGAGCCAACUCGGGGAAACGAAGCUGACUUGGAGAAUUCCUGUCUCGAAAGAGAAAUGGAUGAGAAUCAAAAGGCUAUAUGGAAGCUGAAUGUAGCAGAUGAAGAAGCUAUCAAACUUGCGGAAAAGCAUCAGGCAAGUAGUUUCAUUAGGUGGACUAAAGAGAAAGAGAAGCUUCAUGAAAAGAUAAUGGAAAUUGAAUCAAAGCUAAACGAAAGGCAAGAGCUUGAGUUAGAGAUAGAGAAGCUGAAAGGUAACACCAAUGUAAUGAAACACAUGUUGAGGAGUGAUGGAGAUGCAGAGUUUGUGAAUAAGAUUGCCAAGACUCAGAUAGAGCUCAAAGCUAGAGAAACAGCUCUACAAGACAGAAUGAUGAGUCUGUCACAAAAAGAACGUGUAUGGAAUAGGAAUGAAGGAAUGAUGAGGGAAGAAAAUAUUAGAGUGAAGAGAAUGGGGCAAUUAAACCCUGACCCCUUUUCCGCAGCGAUUGAGAUGAAAUAUAGAUGUUCAAAUUCAUGGACAGAGAAAAAGGCCAGGGAAUUGUGUUCAUUGUGGGAAUCACACAUUGGAAAUGUGCAAUGGCAUCCAUUUAGAGUCGAUGAAUCUGAUGGAACACCAAAGAGAGUGGUGGAUAAAAACGACGAGAAGUUGCUUAAGCUUAAGAACGAAUAUGGCGAAGAAGUUUAUAAUGAAGUAAUAAGAGCAAAACAAGAGAUCGAGGAUAAUAACCCGAGUGGUAGCUAUGUGGUUUUAGAGCUUUGGAACUACCUGGAAGAUUCGAAGGCGACUCUGGAGGAAGCGGCUGAGGUGCUCUCAGAUUUAAUGGCGUAUGUUAUUGCCACAAGGAGGAACCGAUGA